AUCAGUGUUUGCCCGGACAGAAACAGAUACAAUGUCUACCCUUCUUGCCUGGCUGCCAUGGCUCGUCGUCUCCAUCCUCUCCAUCUACCUCCUGGACCUUCUCGCCCACGCACGCCGCCGCCUCCCUCCAGGUCCCCGCCCUUUGCCACUAAUCGGCAGCCUCCACCUCCUCGGCGACCAGCCACACCGCUCUCUCGCCCACCUCGCCAAGAUCCAUGGCCCGCUCAUGUCCCUGCGCCUGGGCUCGGUCACCACGGUGGUCGUCUCCUCCCCGGACAUCGCCCGCGAGUUCAUGCAGAAGCACGACGCCGUCUUCGCCGCCCGGUAUGUAAACGACGCUGCCGGCCACCAUGCCAAGAACUCUGUCCCGUGGCUUCCCAACGCGCCGCGGUGGCGCUCACUCCGUAAGAUCAUGGCCACGGAGCUCUUCGCGCCGCACCGGCUGGACGCACUCCAGGGCCUCCGGAGCGACAAGGUGCGGGAGCUCGCGGAGCACGUCGCCCGGCUAGCGCGCGACGGCGUGGCGGUGGACAUCGGCCGCGUGGCGUUCACGACGAGCCUGAACCUCCUCUCGCGCACCAUCUUCUCGAAAGACCUGACGAGCCUCGACGACCAUGGCGGGUCCAAGGACUUCCAGGUGCUGGUGGCCGAGAUCAUGGAGCACCUGGGGUUGCCGAACGUGUCGGACUUCUGGCCGGCGCUCGCAUGGGCGGACCUGCAGGGCCAGCGCCGGCUGAUGGCGCGGUUGUUCGCGCGGCUGCACGCGGUGUUCGACGCGGAGGUGGACGGUAGACUGCGGGAGCGCGAGGACGGCGAGCCCAGGAAGGAGAGCGACGACUUCCUCGACGUGCUGCUCGAUGUCGACGGGCGCGACGGCGACAAGGCUGGCCUCGACCGCGACACGCUGAGGUCGCUGUUCACGGAUUUGUUUGUCGCGGGCAGUGACACAAGCUCAAGCACGGUCGAAUGGGCAAUGGCGGAGCUUCUUCGAGAUCCAUCAUCAAUGGCCAAAGCUCACGAGGAGCUUGCCCGAGUCGUCGGCUCAACAAGGAGCGUCGAAGAAUCUGACAUUGACAUGUUGCCCUACCUCCAAGCCGUAGUGAAGGAGACAUUUCGGUUACAUCCUCCAGCUCCAUUGUUGUUACCGCGGCAAGCCCAGGAAACCAUACGAAUCACAGGUUUCAAGGUGCCACAAGGCUCUCGUGUCCUAGUGAAUGUGUGGGCGAUGGGCCGUGACGAAGUCACAUGGCCUGAACCGGACAAGUUCAUGCCCGGGAGGUUUCUAGGGAGGACAGUGGACUACAAAGGCGGGGAUUUCGAGCUGAUUCCAUUUGGUGCGGGGCGUCGAGUGUGCCCUGGGAUGUCGUUGGCGACUAGGAUGGUGCACUUGGUGCUCGCGACAUUGUUGAACCGGUUCGAGUGGAGACUCCCGGUGGAAGUUGAGGGGACAUGCAUUGAAAUGGGUGAGAAGUUUGGGUUGACGCUCACCAAAGCCGCGCCUCUCUGUGCUAUAGCUGCACCAAUUUGAGGAAAAAAAAAGUAUUUAUAAUGUCUUCAUCUUAGUUUUUCUUUUAAUCCAAUACAUUCAGACUUUGGAAUAAUGGUUUGUAUUUCUCAUCUCCAAAAUGUAUGACACAUGGGAUUGUAUAUAUUUUCCGAACAUAUCCACCA